AUGUCAAUAUUAUAUGUUAUAAUGCUUCCAAUAUUAUAUGUUAUAAUGCUUCCAAUAUUAUAUGUUAUAAUGCUUCCAAUAUUAUAUAUUAUAAUGCUUUUAGGAUCAUGGAGUCUGUAAUGGAGUUCCGCUUAAGCCGGUGCUAGGGGGCGUUAGAGGUGUUGCUCGUAUUAUUAGACUCGAUCAAACCGAGUCUGCUAUUAUUCUUCUUGGUUGCAUUCUUUGCUUCCAAAUGACCUUUAUACAGAUUUUAUUUCCAAACAUCCUAUUGUCAUGGGAACUUCCCUUUUCGUGACAUAUUCAGUAUUAUAUUACGCUGAUAGGUAUUUCAAAAUACCUUACGGAAUUGUUGCAAUAUCAUUGAAUAACGAGUUGUCUCGUAAAAUAAAGCCUUUAUUAUCACUGUUAUUAUUACCAUCAUUUUUCUCAUCACCAUUAUUUGACAUUGAUAGAUUUAAUUUUGCAUGAUAUAUACAUCAAAUAGAUCAUAAUGACCUACGUAGGGACAUAAUUAAAUAAACAGGUAAAUUAAUAUAUACAUGGAUAAAUAAAAUCAUUUGAUUAAUUUUAAGGAAUACUGAAUCUAAAACGUUUAUGGGUGGGUUCAAGUUAAUGAACAUAAAACGACUAUGUCACUUACUUUGAAAAUAAAAUGUUUUUAAGGUACAUGAAAUAGGAGAGAUAAAUUAAUUUAAGUAUUUUAAAAGAAAUAACGUACGGAAAAAGGCAAGGUAUAAGAUAGCGUUAACAUCCAUUUUGCCAUGGAUGAUUAUAACUUAAAGAUAUAAUAGGGCACCGUGUUAAGUGUCUUAUACCCUGCUGAUAAAUGGACCCCGAUAUUCUAUUUAUGUCAAAACGAAAGUGGCACUGAAGCCGUCGAAAUAUUCUUAUUAUCUGAAGUUGAUAAAAAAAAGGUACUGUAGAAACUCGAGUCCCACGACAUAUAUAUUAUAAGCUUAUAUUAGAAAGCUAAUGCAUAUAUUAAUAACCUAUCGACCAGGCUGACGUUUAUGUAUAAAAGGGUAAAAUCAAAAUAAGUGUUUUUCCAUGUUUUUCCUUAAAAGUACCAUGUUCUCCAAACAUGGUAAAAAAAACUACUUGAAGCGCCAGCGACAAACAAACAUGAAAUUUUAUCAGCAUGAUACUCAAAUGAAUUGCUUCGGUGUCACAAAUUUGAAUCUACCCUGGUGACAGGGGUAUGUAACAUCCUUAACACUGCUGUAGUUAAAACGAAUAAGAACGAAGUCGUAAAAUCAGGCAAUUUGCGUUCAGUUCAGUGUUAUAUUCUCUGUGUUCUUUUCUAUACAACAUUUGGAUUUUCCUUAUUUGCCUUUAUUUGAACGACAUUAAACUGAAAUAAAUACAGACGCAUUAUGGUAACAAUAAUGAUUUGACUGAUCUUGUAAUUAUCUAAUUAAUGAAACACAACUUCUUUAACAUUUGUCACACUACAAGCAAAAGCAAAAAUUCUACUGUAUUUAAUAUAUGUGGAAUGGUAUUUUUAGUUAUAUCGAAAGCAAUAACGUGCGUGUUGUGUAUUGAAAUCAAUGUCUGGAAUCAACAUCAAGGGUUGAUUGUACGUUCAUAGUGAUAUUUAUCACUUCCAGAUUAUCAUUGUAAGAGACAUUUUCCUGCAUUAGAUAUACGAUAGUUUACGGAUCAGAAAGGAUGGAAGAAGGCAUGUUUCCCGAAGAUUACAUGACAAGGAAUUCCACCGAGUACUUUUUGUAUGAUGACCCAAGAAACACAGAUAGUCUGUUGACACAAUGGAAUAAGAUGUACAGAAAAGCACACGGAUACGUUAGUGGUGUUAUUUGUAUUUUUGGACUAUUUUCAAAUAUUGUCAACACGAUUGUGCUCACAAGAAAACACGUGAUCACACCAGUGAAUUGUAUACUGACAGCAAUUGCAGUCGUCGAUGGUUUGAAAAUGUCGGAUAAUUUAAUAUUUGCAGUCUAUUUUUACAUGUCAAAAGAACUAAAAUGGGAAUCGAACCAUUCAUUUGCUUGGAUUUACUAUCUAUUGAUACACAUAAACUUUUCCAUCGUCUGCCACACUAUGGCUAUGUUGUUUACAGUGUACCUCGCAGCGUAUCGAUACAUGUUUGUUUGCAAAAAUGAAACCGGAUCUCGCAAAUAUGGUGUUAGACAAACCACUAUCGCGAUAGUAAUAAUUGGCACAUCAACGAUUUUACUUUGUUCGCCCUAUUUCUUUCUUUAUCAAGUGGAAAAAGUUUCUAACAUGAGUGACAGUAGCCAGGCCUACUGGUAUUCUUAUUCGGACUUUGCGCUAGCUCAUAGUGUAUAUGUUGUCAUUCUAUUUUGGUCCUACAGUGUUAUGAAAGUAGUUCCGUGCAUUAUUUUAAUGUUUUUAAUAACAAGGAUCGUCAUGGCGAUACAUCACUCAAACGAAACAUUGAAGCGCCUUCAGAAAAGUUCGAGGUUACCAAACAGAAGUGGAAUCCGACAGCGGAAUCAGACUUCUUACAUGUUGGUGAUUGUUGUCCUGAUCUUUGUGAUCACUGAAAUGCCAAACGGAAUUCUUAUAUUUAUAAGUAGUUUUAGUGAACAUUUCUUUGUUGAAGUUUACUCAAAUCUGGGCGACGCUCUUGAUAUUCUAGCUUUGCUUAAUUCGUCUGUGAAUUUUAUUUUAUAUUGUUUAAUGAACCAGCAAUUUAGGGAAACUCUCCGACGUCUGAUCAAAUUUAAUUUUGUUGGCAACUAAACAUGCUUUCAUUUGAACUAGGUAUUGUUAUACGGAAAAUUAUUAUAAUAUUUGCAUAAAACUAUUUAAUACA